UUUAACUGUUAACUCGUGAUAUUGCACGUGGAAAAAAAAGAGCUUUCUUUAACUGUUAAUAAAAAAUAGGUGCCUAAAAGCACAGACAGAUAGUGUGGAGGCAGUAGGUCUUUUUUGUAUCCAUUCGUAGUACUUGGGCUUGUAGGCAUGCACAGAACGGGUUUGCAAACACAUGGAACUUUGUUCAUGCUGAAUUGUUAGAUGUCUCGGAUGGGGAAAGCUUGUGACCUUUAAAAAAACUGUGCCAAAGUUAGCUUUGGUCACAUUUAUUUUUGAGAAUGCUGUACAGAGGCAAAUCUUUGCAGCUUACCCAGCGCUGUUUAAAAAAGCUGUUAUGAUAUGUAGAUAUGAUAUGUGAUUUUUGAUCACAAAAGGCGUGCAAGGGAACUGCUUUCAAAGCAGUUAAAACUUUGUGUCUAUAAGGUGCUGCAAAAAAGCAUUAACAAGUGGCUGUCAAUUAGAACUUGGAUGUUUUUGAGAAUUUGACCACUCUUGUGCCUGUGGGAGCUGCUGAACAGUCAGAUCUUUGUAAAUGAAGUCUUCAGAUGGAGAUACAACUGUGGCUGUUAUCUUAUGUGAAAACUAUAAUCUUGUGUCAAGUGGUGGGAAAGUCGUCUCUCUCCUCAUAACUAAAAUGUGGCUGGCUAGGUUUUAUACUCAGUGCUGCAGAGAAGAUAAAGCUUUCCGGAUAGAGCUUUAUAAAUUCUGUGACAGGGCUCAAGAGGGUCUUAAAUAUUUAAGCUAUGAGCAUGGCUGUGUUUAAAGCUGAAGACGUUGUAAACUCUGUGGGCCUUCUAGUGAAAAUAUCUUUCCCCGUGCCGUGAGCAUUUUGAGUUUCAGUCCAGUGUUACAUACCUGGGUAGUGUGAAUUGGCAUGUGCCAGCUGAGCCCAGAUGAGAACGUAGCCAGUAGCAGCUGCCAUGGUGCCUUAUGGGCAUAAGAGUUACAAACUUUAUCAGUGUGACGCUUAAGUGGUGCUAUACUUGCUCCCAAACUUCACUUCCAAAACUGCCUGAUGAACUGAGAAGACCUGCAGGGAAGCCUUUGCUCUACCACUUGUACUGCUGACGCCGGUAGAAGCUCUGAAAAUGGGGAGAAGAUUCCAGUGCCUUUGUCUGAGGACAGUUUACGGGCAAGCUUCUUCAGUGCAGUGUAAAAUUAUUCAUUGAGAAUAUUCUAACCUGUGAUGACUCUUUCUGUAACUUGUGUUUUGCAUAUAUAUGAUUAAGCAGCAUUGGCCAAAAGCCUGGUGACAGCACAGGGCUCUGGAAUGUCUCCCUGUUGCCUGGGCAGUUUAUUCAUGUUAGCUUACUUCCUUGAGCAUAAUCGCUCCUUUUAAAGUCCUCCUGAACUCAGGAGUGCCGCUGCUAUUGAGCAAGCUGAAAUUAUACACGCUGCAAAGAGAAAGGUGGGUAUGUUGCAACUUAACCUCUCUGCCAGAGGAAUUGAAAAGAUUUUGCCCCAGCCCUAAUUUCUACAUUAAAGAGAUGAAAAUUGUCACUACGUGCCACCUUCAAUGGGGAAGAAGCGCCUUGAUGGAAAACGUGUUAUUAGCUUCGUGAUGUCUUUGGCCUGUUGUGCCUAAGGAACAAGAGUGUUUGGAGGAGGCUUGCUGACAAAGCGGUUGCUUACGCUCCAGAUCGGAAGUAGUGAUCAAAAGAUGUUCCCUUUCCCCUCCAAACACUUAAACAAUGUUUUAGUCAUGGUAAGGAACCUGGGUGAUGUCACUUAGUUUAUCAACGUAGUCACUCAAACAAAAAGGCAGCACUUCAUCUUGUCCUUGAGACAGGGCUGCUACUGGAGAGCAGAAGGUUCCAGUGCCUCAGGCUCCUGAGAAUGGAGGACAGAACAUCACAGUUGUACCAGUUUGGGAGCAAAAUAUGGAAUGUGUUUCACUGCUGACCGACGGCAGCCAAAUGAACAGUAUUUAUAGUAGUUUGAAAAUCAGCAGUUAGCAGUUUCUUCACAUUCUAACACUACCCAGCACUUUCCAGAGAGAACUCAUUGUUUACGAGAAAUCUGCUUUCCAAAUCCGUGUCGGUGCCCUCCAGCCUUGACUAUUAACUAUUUGCAAAGGGGAAGCUAAUCUACGGUUUGGGGAAAAAUGGCGAUGGAUGAGUACCUGUGGAUGGUCAUUGUGGGGUUUAUCAUUGCUUUUAUUUUAGCCUUUUCGGUUGGUGCAAAUGAUGUUGCCAAUUCUUUUGGAACGGCUGUGGGCUCUGGUGUCGUUACUUUACGCCAGGCUUGCAUUUUGGCUUCAGUUUUUGAAACCACUGGUUCAGUAUUACUGGGAGCAAAAGUAGGAGAAACAAUUCGGAAAGGUAUCAUUGAUGUUAACCUCUACAACAACACUGUCCCACGACUGAUGGCAGGAGAAGUGAGUGCAAUGGUUGGUUCUGCUGUUUGGCAGCUGAUUGCAUCGUUCUUGAAACUCCCGAUAUCAGGGACCCAUUGCAUCGUAGGUGCUACGAUUGGAUUUUCUCUGGUGGCAAUUGGCACACAGGGAGUCCAGUGGAUGCAGCUUGUCAAGAUUGUUGCCUCUUGGUUUAUUUCCCCACUGUUAUCUGGCUUGAUGUCUGGAGUCCUCUUUGUGAUGAUUAGAUUCUUCAUUUUAAACAAGGAAGACCCUGUGCCCAAUGGUCUCCGCGCACUUCCAGUGUUUUAUGCUGCUACCAUAGCUAUUAAUGUGUUUUCCAUCAUGUACACGGGGGCACCAGUACUGGGAUUGAUAUUGCCAAUGUGGGCCAUUGCUCUAAUAUCAGUCGGUGUAUCCUUAGUAUUUGCUGUCUUAGUCUGGAUUUUUGUGUGCCCCUGGAUGAAGAGAAAAAUAGAAAGCCGGUUAAAGAAAGAUGCUGCACUGUCAAGGAUAUCAGAUGAAAGUCUUGAUAAAAUUCAAGAUGAAGAAACACCAGUCUUUAAAGAGCUUCCCGGUGCCAAAGCAUCUGACGAGAGCACAGUUCCCCUUACUGGCUCAGUAUCAGAAGCUGCUGGGGCAUCAGACACUAUUGCAAAUGGAAACCAUCCACGUGUACCAUAUGGAAGGGCAUUUUCAAUGACGCACACCUCAGUGAAAUCACCUGUUUCCAAUGGCACCUUCAGCUUCGAUGGCCAGGUGAGGAGCGAUGGCCACGUUUAUCACACUGUGCACAAGGACUCAGGUUUAUACAAAGACUUGCUCCACAAAAUACACCUGGACAGGGCCACCGACGAGAGGCCUGCUCAAGAAAACAACUACAAACUGUUACGCCGCAACAACAGUUAUACGUGUUACACAGCUGCUAUCUGUGGCAUGCCCGUGCAUUCCUCCUUUAAGGCAGCGGAUACAUCAACUCCAGAGGACAGUGAGAAAUUAGUGGGAGACACUGUUUCCUACUCCAAGAAGCGAGUCCGCUAUGACAGCUACUCCAGCUAUUGCAAUGCAGUGGCCGAGGCAGAGAUCGAGGCGGAGGAAGGUGGGGUGGAAAUGAAGUUGGCCUCUGAACUUGCAGAUCCUAACCGGCCCCCAGUUGAUCCCGUGGAAGAGGAUAAGGAAGAGAAAGACACGUCUCAGGUCCAUCUACUUUUCCACUUCCUCCAAAUCUUAACAGCCUGCUUUGGAUCCUUUGCCCAUGGAGGUAAUGAUGUCAGCAAUGCAAUCGGUCCCCUUGUUGCGCUCUGGCUUAUCUAUGAGCAAGGUGGUGUAAUGCAAGAAGCGUCGACUCCCAUCUGGCUGCUGUUUUAUGGAGGUGUUGGGAUCUGUGUGGGUCUCUGGGUCUGGGGUAGAAGAGUUAUCCAGACCAUGGGUAAAGACCUCACUCCAAUCACACCAUCAAGUGGAUUUUGCAUUGAAGUAAUGUGUGCGCUAACGGUACUUGUAGCCUCAAAUGUGGGUAUCCCAAUAAGCUCCACCCAUUGCAAGGUAUUGGAGUUUGCAGUGAUCACAUCAGUAAAUCACAUCACUAGGACAAACCAUAACAAAAUACAAGAGAUACCAACUGUUGCAGGCUGCCUUCACUAUGCGAUGUGCCAUGCAGACAGCGGUGGCAAAAUAACAAGGACCACUUUUAAAGCCGGUACAGACAGCUAAGCAAAGUCAGCAUUAGAAGUAAUUGCACAAAAGUCUGGAACAUCUUUCACCCUUUCAUAAUUGUAUCGAACUAAUAUAGGCAUAUUAAAAUAAUGUAGAUUCGUAGUUUGUCUGUCCCAGUUAUGUGUAUUUUAGAGCCACCCGUAGGAAAAAACCUCUAUUGCUACAUCAUUAAGCUAACAUCUUAAUGUCUCUCUUCUUUUAAACCAACCUGUCCUCACUUUUGUGCAUUAUAAGACAGAAUCUGGCCCUUGUAAUUAGUUCUUUGAAUGAGAUUCUUGGUUUUAAAAAGAAAACAAAACCAAAAAGCUGACCAGUUUGAAGUAUAGGUAUAGGCUGGGUAAUGAGCAGAAUUCAAUGGUGUCAUAUGAUAUGCUGUGUGAGAAGACAUUUAUAGUGCUUGUAGGCAACAGGGAGCAUGUGGACAUUUACACUGCUGGAAGAACAUAGUGGGAAUUUGGAAUUUUGUUCCCCAGGAAAUUCCCAUGUCAAAUAUCUCAUCUUUCUUUCCUUUACUUCCCCACGGACUCCAAGCUCUUGCAAACACAGAGCUGUCUGUAUCCCAUACCCUCUGGCAGGGUGUGGGGAAGCCCCUCUUGAAAUCAGAGACCCCAGAGCAGCAAACCCCCUCUGCUUUGGCACAUACCACCAAGCCCUACCAGAGCUAGAUCCUGCAGGAUUCACUGCUGCACCCUGGGGACCGUGGAGCCCUUCCAGCUCUGGCUGGGGCUGGGGCAGGCAGGUUUUGGGGGCUAACUGCUCCAUGGCAUGGCAUGCGGGCUGGCAAGAAGUCAGGCAUCCUUGCCUGUGACAUUGACCUGGUUUCCAGUGAAAGAGUCAAUGAAAUCCACACAUCCUUCAAAACGCCUCAAGUUGGUUCAAUCGGCCUUUUUCUAGUGAAAACAAUUUCUUCAGAAAGCCUUCCUCUAUUGCAAAAUCAUUUCUUUCUUCUGCUGUAGAGCUCUUUGAGAAGCAGCCAAGACUGAGUUGCUCUGAAAGGCUGUUCAGAUUUCCUGGCGCUGGCCGAACUCUGGUUCCACUGAAUCAAGUAGGGAGGGGAAAAAUAAUAACAAUGUGAUCCACUUCUAAAAAUGCUAGCCUGAAACCACCUCCCUUUAAGCUGACUGGUAUAUCAAAUGCAUGAUGAAGAAUUUGCCAGGGAGAAUAAUACAGCUUUGAUUAUCCCAGUUGUGUGCCCAAAAGCACUUCUAGCCAACUGUUGUAAAAGAGAAAAUACACUUUGGUGCGGACAAAUAGACUCAAGUUAAAAAGAAAAUGUCUUGGAAGCCAUAAGCUAACGAGAGGGUGGCAUUAGGAGGCAUUCACUGACUCAAUGCAGUUAAAAGCUUGGUCUUUUCUAACUGUGGAACAAAAAAUUCUCUUUAAAAAAUACUUCCAUAAAAGCAGAUAAUGUGGUUAGUCUGUGUCUGCUCCCUGUAGUUUGCUAUAUCUUGUUAAAUGGAUCGUUCUUAAUGGGAAGAUCCACUCCGCAAUAGGAUUAGACUGUUCCAGGAUAUCACAUUAUUAUAACUGGCUCUCUGCUUCAGCAAAAUGAGAUCCUGAGCUGAAAGAUCCAAAGUGAUCAGCAUAAGAUAAAAAGCAAACACUUUAACAUACAUAUUCCUUGUUUUCUUGAAGGGUCCCAUGAAGGAAUAAAAGAACUAUUCCAUAUAAUCAUUUACUGCAUGAGAGAAUGCCUCCCUGAAAGUGCUGUCAGCCACUGAGACAGAAAUGCCUUCUUAAAAACCAGCAGAGAAAUGAUUUUGCCCUAGAAAUCAAAAAGAAAACGGGUUCAAGGUGAGCCUAGUCCUCAGCCUCUAGCAUCAAGGAGUGGGAAUUAUUCUUUUCCCCAACAUUUGCUCCACAGCAAAAUAACAUUUGCUAAAGUGGGAGCUCUACGAAAGGGGUGUUGCUCAACUGAACGUGCAGCAACUAGGUAAACCGAUGGCAAAGAAGGAGCAGUGUGGAACACCUUAGGUGGAGAGAGACCUUUUCAAGGUGAAACAACAGACUAUAAUGAAAAUUAGAGACCAAGACUGAAGGAAAGCUCUGAGCAGCAGCUUUCCAGACUUGGAGCAGAUGUGGAGGCAAACUGGAAAUUGGUAGCAGGAAGAAAAGGAUUAGCUUCUGAGAUGGUUUCAUCAAGCCCCCUCAGAUCAGGAGUUGCAUUCGGUCCUAAAUCAGGGGCUUUGGUCUGCGUUAGGUAGCCACUGCUUGAUAUGCCUGUCCUAAAUCUACAGCCCAGCAGCUUUUCCAUGCUCAAUGCUGCUGAAAGCCUAAACUGCACCUUUAUCCUUGCCACAAGUUAAAGGGAAGAAGAAAGUCCCUCUGAGCCUCCAAGUCAAGAGGGCCUGAGGAAAAGCCCUAACCUUUUGAGCCUCUAAAGGAAUUUGUGAGUCUUAACAUCGUAGCCACAUUGCUCUGCUUGCAUCCCUUCCACUUCCCUUGGGAUUUAGCACUGAAAAGCCAGUGUGGUGUGAAUGCAUACCUUGCCUUUCUGCUGCCAGAUAGGCAAAUAAUAAUGAUGAAUCUUACACAUAGAACCUGUUAUUUAUUCUAAGCUAUGAGAUGUGGAAACAAACAGGUAUUUCGCAGCUGUAACAGAUGGAAUGUGUUCACGUACAGAUAAGAUUAGAGUGCAGGAGUUAAAUGCUUUUUCUGUGACUUUGCGAGGUCAUAUUGUCAGCUCUGAUUUGCUAUUAAGAUUUUGGGGCUCUGAAAAAUAUUCUCUGUGUUGUUAUGAUGGAAUUAUCAUGUUCUGUGUAUUGUCAUGAUAUGCCAUUGCACAGGAACAAGAGGGCCAGAAGCAUUUCUAUAAUGCUUUAAGCAGAGCAUACUGAAGGCAAACUGCACUGGUUUCAAACAAAUCUCGAAGUAGAUAUCAUCUGAAACUCUGCAGAUGGUGUAGUGUCCCUACACCCGAGUUUUAGCAACUGUCCUAACCUCUAUUUCAUCAAAAUCACUAUUAAUAAACUAAACUUUAAUAAUGUUUAAAACAGAUUACCAAUGCCAUCAUUGCUGAUACCUUUUAAAUUUCAGGAAGGAUUCAGAGACUAUCGUACGUACACUGCAGGCUCGCUCAAUGAGCAAUGCUUCUUGUUGCAAGCAUGAUAGAUGGAUGCUAAGGACAUGCCAAAUGUAAAACACAGCCUAACAGCUGAGCUGCUGAAAAACCAAACAACGCUGUUUCCUCGGUUUAACUCUUUGAUAGAGUCAGAAGUGUGGGGUUCCUCUUAGCUGGGCACCCCUAAAUACACUUACACCUCUUUAAUACAGAACAGCAUAUUGUCCACUCAAGGGGUGUUCAGAUAUUAUCUAAUAGAUUUCCCUAUUGGAUCAAGCUUUAUACCAAGGCCUUUUCAGGCCUAGAAUAUCCAGUUUAGUUUUCCCUUGUUCUGUCACAGGCACUUUUGACAGACUUAUUUCCCUAGUGUUACAGGGUGUUCCACAAAUAACUCUUUUCUCCAAAAAGAAAUGUUAAGCAGUAGUUAGAAGUGAAAUAGAUGUUAACAAAAGAUGUGGAUUUGAUACCUCCAUCCUACCUUUCCCUGCUUCCCUGAUCUCCCAGCAUUUAUCAUUUCCCUGGCUCUGCAUGUGGGGAGCAGCCAUCUUCUAACCUAUAGGCAGGGACUGAUACUCCCAUUAAGAAAACAAGCAGGGAAGAGGAGGCAGGGAUGGCAUUUCAGGGAGCACAAGCGCAACUGUGUCUUGGAGUUUCCUUUCCUUCAAAGCAGGAUAUUCCUUCCACAUUUCUUGCUGCUUUAUCGUGUGCUUUGAAUAGGCUUGCACUCAUGUACACAUUUUUGUUAACAGCAAGGAGGGCCACUUCUGAAGUUUUCACAUCAUUUUUCACUGGAAAUGUUUUUAUCAGUCCAGUUCUUUCUUAAAAAAAUAAUAUUCUAAGUUUAUACCUGAGCUUCUAACUGAAAAUACAUCUGAAGGGAGAAAAAGUUGUAGCUUUCCCCAUGCCACUGUGUGUUUUGUCUUCAAAAGCACUGACUUCUUGAUGUCUGUGCAGUUUGCAUGCCUCACGGUGUCAGGCUGAUGUCUUUGUGCACAGGGAGGAUUUUAGCUCUGGAUGCUCUGCUUGGCUGGCUGGCCCAGAAGGACUGGUUUUCUCAGAGGGUUUGGACUGAGGAGUUUGAUGUAGGGCAGCUGUACUGGGUCUAACCUUGCACAGUGUGUCUGCUCCCUGCCAAGUUACCAUCUCUGUUACAGGGUGGGCUCAGCUGCUUACAUUGCUGUUGCUGUCCUGUUUAUAGCCUGCAGUAUCAAAAUAGUAGGUUCAGCACCUGGUGGGUGAACAGGCAGGACAUCCGAAAUCAGCAAGAGGACAGGCGCGUGGGACGGGAGCUAUACUAACUAUCUUGAUUUGCCCUAUGCCACAGUCUCCAGCAGCCUUAAAAGCAACUUUCCCAUUCAUUUCAUGAUUCAGGCCACAGACUGGCCAGAGUUGGUAGACGCUUGCCCUCUCCCCUGCAGGCUAAGUCAGGUGUUAGGUGAGUGGAAGGUUGCCUUGGUUGCACUCUUGGCUACUCCAGGAGCUAGUAGGGCAGAAAAAACCCACACAGACUUACAUAUUCUCCUCUGGCUGACCCCAAGACCCAUGAAUACCCAGAGAUCACUGAAAAAUAAAGGGUAAAGCACCCCGGAAGUGUCACCAUCCUGCCACCCCACCGGAACAGAGCCACCGUCAGCAGCAGCAGCUCCUUUAUCUCAGAGUAUCGCUUGGUAUCAGCUGACUGGCAUUGGUGUGGCUGUAGGCACGUUACGGGCACUCGGACCUAUCCCUCACAUCUUGUCUCUCCCUCCUCUCUCUUCCCUGCGGUCCCAAGGUUGGCUCCGUGGUGGCUGUUGGCUGGAUCCGCUCCAAGAAAGCCGUCGACUGGCGCCUCUUCCGCAACAUCUUCCUGGCGUGGUUUGUGACUGUGCCGGUGGCCGGCUUGUUCAGCGCCGGGGUGAUGGCACUGCUGAUGUACGGGAUCCUGCCUUACAUCUGAAGAGCCUCCUCCGCUGGGAAAAGGGGAAACAGCCAAGCUACUACCGAGGGGAGAAGCGUUCCCAUGAAAAAACCAGUCGGAAAGGAUCCAUCUUCCAUAUCUAACUUCUUAUCUACUGUACAUAACAAUGUGUCAUAUUGGUGACAUGGUGAUGUGGUGCCAUUUCUUAUAUAUUAAAGAAAUAUAUAUACAUAUAGUAGGUAACAAUACCUAAGUUAUAUUAUCAGUGGGGUGAAAAUAAUUGCCUAGAAUUUAAUAUUUAGUAAAAUUUGUACAUAGUGUAUCAUUUCGGUGGCAAUUUUUUAACCUUUUGGAGAAGAGUAUGGAUUAGGAAAUGUUUCUUGUCCAUUUGAUAUAAGAAGAAGCGAGGUACAGGACUCCGUAACACAUGAAUUUUUUUAAAGCUAUUAAGAUACUGGAACAAAAUAAAAUGUGCAGAAGUGCUUUUCAUAAAAUAACUUUGUUCAUAUCAUAUUGAUCCUUGUGUAUCAUAGCGUGAUGGUUAUGGCUGUGUAAAUACUUACCAACGGUAACUUUUAAAUGGUGCAUUUCCCUUAUAUAUUUUGGAUAAGAAAGUUUAGGAAGUACCAAAGAAGCAGGGGAAUAGCUUGCCGAUAUUAUGUUGUUGUCUGCACAUGUGGGCGUGUGUUGUUUCCCCACCUCUAACUCAACGUUGUAUUCACCAAGCUCCCGCCAGCGGGGCGGGGAUAGUACUGUUCAUGUCUUAAUGUAACUUAAAAUGAAACAAAGCAAAAAGCGCACACAAAAAACUUAGUUCUCGUUACUUAGUAGGCAAACCACAGUUCUCCACGCUAGCUGAUAGUAGACCGACUUCAUUUUGUGGGUUGAAUUUGGAGUAUCUCACUGCUCACCUUGUACCCUUCCCCUUCAAGUCUCAGCUCCCAGUUGCACUGCUAUCAAUUCCAGUGGGAGAACAGACCGUCAGUCUCCCGUCUUUCUGUCCAUCCAGCCACAACCACACACUCUCAGGUACAGGAGUGGGACCGUGGGGUGCACGGCAGCACCAUGUACAGAAGCAAAGGGCAGCAGCAAGUAGGAAAUGGGCUUAGCCCUGGUUUUAUGGUUGAAGGUAUGGGCGCCCGUGUGGGAAUGCUGCCCCACACAGGGGCUGGUGCGAGGAGCAUGGCGAGGAUGCGAGCAGAUGCUGGGUUCCCUAGGGUGAGCCCCAUCCCAUGCCACAGCCUGCCAGCCUCCUGCCAUUGCUGCUGACCACAAGGAGGGGACGGGAGCCUGGAUCUGCAUGAAUGGAGGUGGUUGUGUGGUAACCAGCAUUUGGGAUGAGAUUUUGUCAUGGCAGCUCAGGGGAAAAUGGCUAGCUACAGCCCCUGCACGGCUUUGGAAAGCACAAGGUUACUGUUUUGUGGGUGGGAGGUAAAGGGCAAGGGGUGCCCGGAGGAGAUUGGGAAUCUAUUACUGUUUCAAUGCUGCUAAAAUUUUGAUAAAAUGUUCUUGGUACUCCAUUGUGACUUUUCCAUUGGUCAUUCAUACUAAAUUUAUAAUAAAAAGAUAAACAGCCCCUAUCA